UUUUUCUACGUUUCAAACAGUUGAAAUUAAAGGAUCAUGAUCAUAGAUUUAAGAUAUAGGGGGAUUUUAAUAUAGUACAAAGGUAAUAUAUCGGAGAAAGUUAUUAUCAAAAAGUUAUUAGUUUCUUGUUAAGAGAAUGUUAGGUGACACUUAUGUAUGAUAGGGAGAACGAAAUAUAAACCAUGAAUUUUCGCAAUAGAAAAUUCAGUGAAUUUUCAGAAUCUUUGAAUAAAAGGUCGAAAGAGAAAGGACGAAGCAAGUCAGAUGCACUUCCGCAUAAAAGAAAAGUUUCAUUUAAAGAAGAUUUGUUUAUUAGAAAUAGUUAUGAUGGACAUUUAUUUGAGAAGCACCGAGAAUGUAUCUCUAGACGACUGAGCCUAAAUAUACAGAAACAGAAUAUAUCAGAAUUAAGACUUCCGUCAAUCGUCAAUAACGUAGUCAACCGUCGUCUGAGUUUGAAUGUUCAACAGCCUAUACCGGAAGUGAUUUUUCCAGCUAUAAAUGCGUACAAUUUCGACCAAAGAACGCUAUUUAAAACAAAAUCAACGCAGAAUUUUUCGUCUAUGACCGGGAAGAAAGCACAGGGACAAUUAAAUAGAAAAGGCGGGAAACGGAUGCGACGCAUUCUUUCUCUUGAUAAUUUCUUUCCACCACAAUUCAAGAACAGGAUACUGUCGAGAUACCGAUUCAGACGUGCUGUUAAGACGGUACUGAUACUUCUAAGAGUAAUAAGAACAAAUGAAAACACGUCAAGAAAUGAAGUUUUGUCUUGGGCUCAUCAUGAUGAAUUAACAACAAAAAGAAUAUAUGGCCUCCAUGGUCUCAGCUUUGAUCCUGGUGAUUAUGCAUGCAGAAAGGAGGAACGGCUUAGUAAUGAAGCAAUAACUAUACUCAGUAUGAACCCUGAGGAAAGGACAGAUGAACAAUGCAAGCUCGCUUUAUUGGCUUUAAACCAUACAGUUAAAGCCUUUGGAGAGUUCCCGAAAGCUAUGCAGAAGUCUCUGGUCCGAGUUGGCUGGUACAAGAAAUAUGAAGACAAGAGAGUCAUUAUUCGACAGGGGCAUGUUGCAGAUAAUUUUUACUUCAUUUUAUCAGGAAACGCGAUUGUGACUUUAAUGGAAACAGAUGAGGAAACAGAAGACGAAGUAGUAAGAACCAAGGCUGUGCUGAAGAAAGGAAACAGUUUUGGGGAAUUGGCAUUAAUGCAUGGUUCAAGAAGAACUGCGACUGUGACGUGUAAGAGUGAAGUGGAACUUUUAGCAGUAUGGCGGGAAGAUUUCGUUGACAUAUUUAUGCCCCAUACAUAUGAAAAGGAACCAGAGCAUAUCAAGUUUUUGAGGACUGUGACCUCGCUGAGUGGUUGGCCUAUUCACAAGUUACCGUACCACGAUCCGAAAAUCUGCUGCUUUACCUACUUUAGACGAGGCGUAUUACUUUGUCGGAACAGUAACACAUCCGAAUGUAUUUACAUUAUCAAGUCAGGAAGUUGUCGAGUCCUUACAGAGCUACAUGAUACAAAGCCAUUACCUAAGCUACACUUGGAAAAGGUCAAAGUUCCACGUUUAGAUAGUGUAAAAACUCUUUCAAAACAAGUCAAACCAAUAUAUUACAAAAAGAAGUCAAACAGAUGCUCAUCGGAGAAUAUAGUCAAGAUAUUACGAGGGCCUUUAUGCGUGGAUAAGGCAAAUAUAGAUGAACACAAAAGAUAUCUUGAUGCGAUUUAUGAACUGCAUAAACAUAAGCUUAAUAAUGGAAGUAGACAUAGAAAGAAUCUGAAUCAUCACAAAAAUGAGAGUGCAUGCAGUUCUGCUUCUGAUCGAUACACAAGUGUUUUUGUUCAUAUACAGACUUUAGGACCAAGGGAUGUAUAUGGUUUAGAACAUAUAGCUUUUGGAAAGUUUGCAAACACCACAAGCACAACAUUGGUAUCUGAUGGAGCGGAGUGUAUACUUAUAAGCAAGAAAUUUUUAAUGCAACAUCUCACUGACGAUGAAGUGAAAAAACUUCGAAACAACAUACAACCACUACCUUCGGAAGAGCAUCUUCAACAGAAACUACAGGACACUACAAACUGGUUGGCCUAUAAAACACUGACAAUAAAUAAUCAAGUGUUUAACAACAAAAUACGAAAUGACUGUUUAGUUUGAUCAUAUUUUAACAUUUCUGACCAUAAUAAUCAAUUAAGCUGAAAAGAGAUGAGCACAUAUAUUCAAUUGCGUUAAUAAAUGAAACUGACAUAAAUAACCAGUCCAAUUCUUAUUUAUUCUCAAUUAACUUUAAGCAACAAAAAAUCUUACAUUUGUAUUUACAAAUUUACCAAAUUUUCAAAGUUCAUGGUCGACAUGUCACAAGCUGUGACCUUGAUAGUGUCCACACUAUAUUGUUAGUAUAUUUGAAGAUAAAUUUACAAUUUUCUUUUGCAAUAAUUCAAACUUGCAAUGAAGUUGAUGUAUGUAACUCUUAUCGAAAAUGUAUUCUAGAUCAUGUGUACUUUAUAAUGCUUUUCUUACAAAAGGUUGCUGCUAACGACGAAGUCAUGAAAACAAGAAUACGAAAUAAUCUAGGUGAAGUCAACCCUUUGACAUUUCUAUUGACGCUAUCAUGAUUUUGGUCGCCCGGCAUGGAAAUGUUUUCUUAUAUAUAUAUAUACCAAUAUUUAAGCAAUUUUUUGUCGUCCUUUUGCUGUAUUUGUUGUGGCUCAUAUUUUUCAUCUUGAUGUAUCGGGGGUAUUUCAAAUAUCUAUUUUCAUUAAAAAUGUCAAAAUUCAGUAAACAUGAGUUAUGUAUAAGUGAGAGGUUUAGAGUUAGAAGAUAUAAACAUGAUAGAAUGUAACUUUGUAAAGAUACACUUACCAGUCUGAUAUUAUAAGUCACCCUUAUAUUGAUGAAUUGAAAAAAAAGAGAUUACGAGAGUGUCAGUAGUUAAGAAGUUUA